AUGGUGGCCGAUUAUUUGGCCAGGAAAGGGGUUCUAGACAAGGCAGAUACACACAUUAUUUCAUCAAUUUCAUUACCAUCACAAGCAAGAGCUCUACUUUUACAAGAUCAGAGGCAGAUUAAAAUAGUAAGGCAGAAGAAAUCCUGGGUUCAUCUAGACCUAGGGAUGAACAGAAAGCUUGGACGACUUUUCAUUGCACCUUUUUCUGGGUGGCUUUGUCUCUUUCUCAACAGAGAACAAGAUGUUCAAAUUGUGCAUCAAAGAUCGAAGGAUCCGUUUUGGAAUUUGCUUCACUUGCCUGCUGGGAUCCUUCUCAAUUUCCAGUGGUCUUUGCAUUGGACUUCUCUCCAGUGGGCUUGUAUUUCAUCUAUUUUCAUGCGCUGGUUGUUUGGGAGUCUAGUUCAAUGGAAAUCUCUACAGACUGCUUCACAGGAUUCAAUCCAGAGUUUUUCACUUGAGGAGUCUCUUCAGAAUCUUGAUAUUUUUUUGGAUAAUUUUCUUCGUUCUUCAAUGGAUCUUUCUGUUCAUAGCUCAGAGGUUGUCUUUCUGCAGAGGUGUCUUCUCAAGAUCUCUAGCUUUUGGAUAGUCAUUCAUCUGAAGCUUAAGAGACCUCUAAAUGCCUUCUGGCCUUGGGUUUCUUUACCUUUCGAUGGCUGUCUUUCUGCAACAGAGCUGGAUAUUCAUCUUCUCCAUGGAUUUGCGAAGAUUACUCGAUUCAAUGAAGAAAUUCUGCUGGAUAUUCAUCUUCAACAUCGUUUUAGGGAGGAGAAAUAUGGACUUGAAUCGCCAUUGUCAUGCCUAUCCCAAGGCAGAGUUUUUUGUUUCUUAGAAAGUUUUUCUGCUUCUGGGCAGAUACAUUGGGCUAUCUCUCUGGCUUCGGUGUCGGUUCCACUACCUUAUGAGAUAAGUAGCUCUGCCUUUCAAUUGCUGCAAUUACCUAUCAAAAUAUUAUACGCUCUUAAGGACAAAGGAAUUGAUAUGGCUAUUGCUUCUAGAUCACCAACUCUUGGGAUAGCAACAACAUUUCUUGACAGAUUGGGAAUCCGAUCCAUAUCUGUGGCUGAGGAGAUAUUCUCCAGUUGGACACACAAAACGGAGCAUUUCCAAAGAAUUCAUAGGAAAACUGGGAUACCAUUUGAUUCAAUGCUUUUCUUUGAUGAUGAGGAUAGGAAUAUUGAAGUGGUCUCGAAAAUGGGUGUUGUUGGGUGGUGCUGGGUUUCAGGGGAUGGGGAUGGUGGUGGUGGUUGGGUGUUUGGCGGUGGUGUUGUGCGGUGA